AUGCUGGACGAUUUGGUAGAUGCCACCACUGCAAACGAUUCGACCGCUAAACUGGCGACUGGCCUCCGCAUCUGUCAGUCUUGCGUUUCCUCGGAGAGAUACAAAUGGAUAUUGGACCUGGGGCCGAUUGAAUUCAAGCCAUCUGAUGCGACGUUCAAAUGCGCAGCGAAGGAUUCAGGUUGCUCCGAGGAUCAACUUACUUUUGAGGAGUAUUGGAUCGGAGCUUGCUGCAACAAAGCAGCCCAGCGAAAUUGCAACUCAAAAGACGCUCAUCUUGCCAAUGUGCAAAAAAUUUACGAACGUGUCAGAGGAGAAGAAGAAAAUGCCGAAAAAGCUGCGAAACAAGCAAAAAUCGAUCUGAUUGACGCGGAACAAGCUCUCGAAGAAGCGAAGAAAGCAGUAACAGAAACUGAAGAAACGCGGGUUCGCACGAAAGAUUAUAGAAGAAAGGUUCAGAAACGUCACUUGUUCCUUUCCGAAAUUGCCAUGAAAGAAGACAACGAAGAUUUAGCGGAAAUGACUUUCGUGAACGAGGCGAAGUUGAGUGACAAGCUCAAGUGCAAAGUUUGUAAUGAACUGUUCAACGACGUUCGCGAAGAAACAAUCAUCACAUCUUGUUCUCACAAGUUAUGCAGCGUGUGCUAUACCUCUCUUGAACAGAAGAACUGUCCUUUCUGUCGUAAACGAUUUGCCGCGUCAAAAGUCGUCAAGGUCUUCGAUCUUUAG